GCAAAUCAGUCUCGAUCCAUUCUGUUCCUCCUUUGUAGCUGAGCCGUUAAUGGAAAAGGGUGAGAGGUACAUCCUACAUAUAAAUAUGCAGACGGAUCUCAUACAUGAUUGUCUUUCUGCACCAUAUGGCGAAUCUGCGCUCCGCUUCUCAUCACCAGCAUGCAAGCGAAGCCGAAGCUGCUCGACCUGCCUCCGGAGGUUCUGGCCAGCAUAGCAUCUCGACUAGACACCGAAUCCGCAAGAUCCCUCGCCGUGACCCACAAGAUACUACGUCGACCAGCUGAAAGUCGUCUGUGGCGCAGAGUGUCAGUAUCUGGCGAUCACCGAUGCGAAUGUCGAAGCCAGCCGCCACACUGGAUCCACAUGGGCGAGGAUAGAUGGGGUCUGCUACCUGACGAGAUAUAUCACCGUGUCAGGAGUCCUGGUCCUCGAAUCGCCGGGCUCACUCGAGUGCUCUCCUCAUGUUCUUGGCGGAGCCUGGCGCUAAGACGAAUUGAACUUCAAUUGUAUCCAGAGGUGCCCGAAGAAUUGGUGCCACUUUUUCGGCACGCUCCGGGAUUGACUGAUCUGAUCCUUCGAGUCAAACCAACCGACAUGGUUGUCCUACCUGCCAAGGGAUUGCUCAGUACGACGCAGCUCUUUGAAUCAAUCGGGGCCAUGAGCAACUUGGAGCGAGCCGAAAUUCACAUCCAGCAUCUACGCCAUCGGACUUUAGCCAGUUUCCUCAGCAAUGCACCUGAGCUCAAGCACUUGAGUCUAACAUUGUUCCCUCUACACCUGUCCGAAUUGCCUUUCACGCCUAAGCGAGAAAGAUCACGACCAGUUACUUUGCCAGUAGCGACGCAACUCCUCACGCUCAUCUUCAAUCCUCGGACCACCGACAUGCCCUUUGUGACUGAGAUAGUGAAGCGUUCACCAAGCUUGGCGAAUGUGGCACUCAAAGAUGACGGAGUCUCAUGGAAUCCGCAUGAACAUCCAGACUUUUGGACUGCACUCGGUGCCUGCCGCAUCGAGAAGCUAGAAGUUACGUCCAAGGCAGUAGAGAUGGUGACAGGCCAGCUAUUUCCUCUCUUGAGAGACUUGCAAGUGAAUUGGGACUUUGCGACUGGGAAUGCUGAUGGAGCCGCGUCCAACGACAAGCUUGGUAUCACGUCGCUUCCCUCUCUUCAAACUUACCGUAUCCGAGUUCUGGAGACUGGUCGCCCACAGGACGAUUUCACCCUCUAUACUUCUUCGCUACAAAUGUGGCCAUCUACACUCUGGUGCAAGCCAUUACACGAGGUCCUGAAAUGCUUGUCUAACGAGAUAAAAGCGACAGCUCGACUAGACAGUCUCCUAUAUCUCAUUGAAUUCCCUCAAGGACCAUCCUUCACCACAAAAGAUCCGUGGUCUGUCGCCGAUGGACCUGUCUGGGGAGACGUCGAUUUCAACGGAUGGCGCAUCAGGUCGUUCGUUGAUGCUCGAGAUCAAGGGUUAUUUCACAUUUGUUCAACGCUUGGGGAUUCUCUCACUUCGAGGACUGGGAACGAGGAAGGCCAGCUGUCAGAAUGCGUCUUCUUUCAGGGAGAAGAGAUACCACUCUCGGUGUUGAGAGCCAUGCUCGCAGCUGAUGGGAAGGAGAAUAUCCUUGAAGAUCGCAGAAGGAGUAUACGAUUGGGGUCAGCGGGUUGGGCGGUUUUGGAUCGAUGGAAAUUAGAAUCGUACUAA